ACCGAUAGCACUACAGUAACACUCUCCAGGGCAAAUACAAAAUGACUAGACGUUGGAACAAGAGUAUGGGAAUGUGCUUACCGUGCCUUGGAGGAGCUCCAGACGACGUCGUGGUGACUCCUGAUCCAGAGAUGAGACGACGGCAAUUAGCAGAAGCAGCAGAGAAGAGGCAGAAGGAGACAACCUAUAGGGGGGUCAAAAACCCAGAAGGAGUUGAGAGAAAGAAAAAGAAACAGGAAGAAAUUGAGAAACAGGCGAUGAACACUUCCAGUUCCGGGGGUGGAGGGCUAAAGUGGCAGGUGGGCUGAGGACAUUAAUGGAGAAGACCUUGAAGUCUGCAAGUACACUAAGGGUGGUUCAACAUGCAGCAUUGCUACCAGUCGACUUGAAUAAACCUUUGAGAAGCUAUCUGUUCUGAACCUUUCAUAGGCACAUGCUUAGAAAAGUGUUUGCCCGUCUCUUACGGAAAGAACCUUCUUGCCUGAUAUUCUAGGUGACAUUUUGGGACUUGACUAACUAAUGCCAAGACACAAGCCAAUCAGUUGAACAGUGAAACACCCAGGGCACAUACCCUUGCUUUGGAAAUCUUUCUUACACAUCCAUAAACAGAAGCAGUUAGCUUGCUUGUCAAAGUAAACACUACAGCUUUUAUACCACAGUGCUUUUGUAAUUUUCAUACUACAAUUUUAGUAAUAUUUGCAUCAGUUUGCAUAUUUAUAUUUUACUUUUAAAAUGUAUAAGCUAUGAAGAAUAUUCAACGACCGUGGUCCGAAUACAACAUUUUAAUUGUAAAUUGCUGAAAAGUAAUGUUUACAGUUGCAUCUCACUGCUUGUUUUGACAUGUGACCUUCCCAAUAUAAUACACCUUUUGCUUUAGUGUUUUGGUUUUCUUAUGAUUGUGCAAUAUUAGUUAUAUAUUUAGUUUAUCAGUAUUAAAAUCUUGUAUGAAGCAUAUGCCUGCUUCAUUUGAUUGAGGGUGAAGUUGUAACUGUGGAAUACCAGGUUAACCCUUGUGUUAUCUUCGGGUCAUUCUGACCCAUCAGUCAUUGUGACCCACCGUCGUAUUGCGACAACUUUACCGCAUACAAAAACAAAGUGAAGCAUUUUCAUUUAACCGUCGGGUUGUCUCAGACCCCCCACAUUGCAAAGGUUAAAAGAAAAUUAUUUUUAUUUGUUUUUGUAUUGGGUAAAAUUGGGUAAACACAACGAUGGUUCGUUAUGAACCUUUGGGUCAUGUGACCCGAAGGCAGCACAAGGGUUAAGACCAAAUAUUUGCUGGUGCAUGGUUGGUGGUGAUGGCAACACUUGUGCAGUGAUGGUAAUGGAUUGAGAUUGCCUCCAGUAAGACGCUGCUGAAAUGGAAGGAAAACAUUUCUGAAACGUUGUGUGCACUUGAAUUAUCUUGUACCUUCCUUGAGUGCUUUUCCUCUUAAACUUAAUCUCCUGAUGCUUAAGGUGCUUCUGCUGUUUGCAAGGCAGGAAGUCAACCCAUUGUAAUUUGUUUAAAUAAAUUAAAUUGCAGUCCGAAUUACAUUCA